CGAUGACACUGUCAAGUGUCAAUGUCAAAAUAAACACGCUCAAUCGCUGCGUUCGCAUGACAUUCGCCGACGCAUGGCGUUUUGAGGUUAGCUUCAUUUUGUUUCGUGUUUAUCAGUGAAAAUGUCGUUCCGUGGUAGAGGUGGUGGCGGUGGCGGACGCGGCUUCGGCGGCCGAGGCGGUGGUGGUGGCGGCGGAGGCCGGGGAGGCCGCGGCGGCUUCGGCGGAGGCCGAGGACGCGGCGGCGGCGGAGGAGGUUUCAGACAACAAGAUAUGGGCCCCCCUGAAAGCGUGACGCCUCUGGGGCACUACGGCUGGACAGUGCAGGACGACCUGGUCUGCAAAGUCGACAUUGAGGACGUACCUUACUUCAACGCGCCCAUUUAUCUAGAAAACAAAGAGCAAAUCGGCAAAAUUGACGAGAUCUUUGGCAAUCUGCGAGACUACUACGUUUCAGUUAAGCUAGGUGAAAAUAUAAAAGCCAAGAGUUUUAAGGAUGGACAGCAGUUUUAUAUUGAUCCGGCGAAAUUGUUGCCGUUGAAGAGGUUUCUUCCGCAGCCGCCUGGUGCGAAGCGCGGCGGCCGAGGGGGUAGGGGCGGCGGUGGAAGAGGUGGGGGUGGUUUCGGGGGCAGAGGAGGUGGUCGAGGCGGGGGCGGAGGGUUUGGCGGCCGAGGAGGAGGCGGCCGCGGCGGUUUCGGCGGCCGAGGCGGUGGCGGCGGCUUCGGCGGCGGGGGCGGCGGCUUCGGAGGCGGUGGACGAGGCGGAGGCUUCGGGCGUGGCGGCGGCGGCCGCGGAGGUGGCUUCAGAGGUGGCCGGCGGUAGUAUGUCUACAUGCGGCAGUGGUAGUGUGACUAUAUUGACUGUGAGAGUGAGCUGUUGGCCCUCGCCACAAGGGCUAGAUGGAGCACUUUCUAUGAUUAUGUGUUUUUAGUUGUUUGUUACAAACAAAUCUUUUAUGUUCAAAAAAAUAUCUAUGAGAAGUAAUAAAUACAGCCUCUAAUUUAGUUUAAGGACAGUUAACCUCCAAUUUGGAUAACUUUGUAAGAUUCAAGGCAAUUUUUGUUUUCUUUUAUUUGUAUUAGAGUUCAAAGCUCAAAUUGGGGACUUACAAUGUUAACUCUGUACAUACUAUACUUGCCGCAAAACUAAGUGGCGACUCAGGUCAUAAUGCCAUCCCUUUCACUCUUGGUUGGUCUUAACAAGGGUAAAGGAGAUAGCAUUAUGAUUUCAGUUGCCAGUUUUGAGUUAAGUAUAAAAAGGCAAAGUAGCCAGAUAUAAUUUGACUUCACCUUAUUAUAUUUUACUACUUUGUCAGUUUUAAUACUGUACAUUGUGUAUGUGUAUUGAUAUGUGACGUUAUCUAUGAAAAGGGACCUUAUUGUCGAUGGCGCUUAUGCCAUUAUUAACGAUGCUCCGAUGUAAACACAAUGCCGCGUGACGCUGUGUAGCGUAAGCGCCAUCGACAAUAAGGUCCCUUUUCAUAGAUAAUGCCCCAUAUAAUGAUUGUUAAGUAUAUGUUGUACCUAGUUAAAGCUUUAGGUAGCUACUUUUUAGGUUAUACAAUGGAUUUCGGAUAUAACGACAAUGAAGGGACCACCGAAAUUUCGUCGUUAUAUCCGGAAGUCGUUAUAGGCAAAGGUAAAAAGAUAAAGACAUAUAUGUAUCAAUUUAAAUCCGUAACGUUAGUACCAUCGCCCACACUGUUAACUGUACAUCCGUGGACCUUAUGCGUUUUGUAAUAAGGUCCACUGAUGUACAGUUAGGAGUGUUGCUGUUUGUACUGUUUCGAACGAGUGAAUCUAAAUAGUCAAUAUCUACCAAUAAACAAAAGGUCACCACAUUUGCUAACCAUCUGUCGAUGUAAACAAAAGAUAAGAAAGUAAAGCUCUAUGUCCUUUGACGACCGACUCCGGUCGCAGUAUCUGCAUGGGAUUUCUAAGAACUUGUUACAAAUGGUUCAUUAAAAAUCGUCGCUACACCCGAAUUCGGCGCUACACCCGAAGUUGCUAUAUCCACAUGAAUCUUUUACUAAAAUAUGCUUUAAAUCCAUGGGACUUGGAUUUUACGUCGCUAUAGCCGAAUGGUCACUACAACCAGUCGUAAUAAAUGAAAUCCACUGUAUAUAAUUUUGAGAAGUGUAUGUAGACUUAGGUCUUUGUGGCGAGGGCCAAUUAUUGUCUUAAUUUUAAGUACCAAUACUGUUAAGAAUAAAGUUAUUAUUCU